AUCUGAUCGGAACAGAUUCAUCAAGAGGUGCUGGCCAUUGAGCAUCCUCGGCUUCAUCAGAUAAACCCUGCCGGCCUGAUUUAUCACCGAGUGCAGCACAUAAACGCACACUCACCGAAGCAUACACCAUUCCACCCACCAUCCUUCAGCAAAUCGACCACCAUGGCGCAACACACGUUCAAUCGUCAACCACCAGCCCAAAGCUAUGGCCUCGUCUCAUUCCCAGCACAACACGUUAUGCUCGUGGUCUUCAACCGACCCAAAGCCCUCAAUGCAAUGACCAGCGACGCAGAAUAUGAGCUCGAAGCUCUCUGGGAGUGGUACGACGACGAGCCCUCACUGCGCUGCGCCAUCGUGACAGGCGCUGGGCGUGCAUUCUGCGCUGGCAUGGACCUCAAGGAAUGGAACCAGAUCAAUCAGCGCAAAAGAGACGGAAUUCCCGAGAAGAGACCCAUGGACCCACCCACGACGGGAUUCGGCGGCCUUUCGCGUAGGAGCGGAAAGAAACCCAUCAUUGCCGCUGUAAACGGUCUCGCGAUGGGAGGCGGUUUCGAGAUCAUCGCCAACCUGGACCUCAUUGUCGCUGCGAAGAGCGCCACUUUUGCUCUCCCUGAGGCUAAGAUUGGUGUCGUUGCUAAUGCAGGCUCUCUACCAAGACUGGCAAGGACAAUUGGCCGCCCGCGCGCCACUGAGAUGGCUCUAACAGGGCGGAGCAUCAGUGCUGCAGAGGCGCGCGAGUUUGGCUUUCUCAACGCUAUCACUGAAGACGCCCCAGCAGACAGCGAUGUGCUGGAGCGACCAGUGGUCAAAAAGGCGCUGGAGUAUGCUGCCCUCAUUAUCAAGAAUAGCCCUGAUAGUGUUAUUGUGUCUCGCGCAGGUAUCCUUGCUGGCUGGGAGCAUGGGAGUGCUGAGAAUGCAGUCCGGGUGCACCGCCAGACGUGGGACAAGAUCAUGGCUGAUGGACACAAUUUCCACGAAGGCGUGCAGGCCUUUGUGGAGAAGAGGGCUCCGAGAUGGGUGGAUAGUAAGCUAUGAUGCAUUGCGUGCAUUUAUGAGGCAUUUUCGCUCUGUAUUCACGUUUAGCAUAGAGCCCGACAUACUUAAUUCAUAUUAGAGCUAGCCACGGCGGUUUCAGACACUUUGAG